CGCCAUUUUCGUUUCAAGUCUCAUUCUCUCUCUCACUUCCUCGCUCAAAUACUCCCUCUUCUCGAACCUGCAAAACCCUUGUUUCGUUUCGUCUCUUAGGUCUCUGGUCAGGAAUCAAACAGGAUUCUUAUGUAUGUCGUCGUCGUACCGAACUCGAUCUUUCCAUGUAUAAAUGUUGAUCAUGACUUAAGCCGCCAUGUCCUGUAAUGGGUUUAUUAUUGUGAUGUUCCUAAAUCCUAAUGUAUGCUUGAAAUUUAGGACAUUUUGAUAUAUCUUGUGUUUCUGAUUUUGUGGAAACGAGCAGAAAAAUUGUUUCUUUCUUACAUGUUUUCUCAAAGUUAGUGAACUCAAAGGUCUCAAAUCAAAAUUAAAGAGAAGAUAGAAAUGGCACCCAGAGGAAGAAAAAAGCAGAUUGGAUUGAGGCGAGAGGAUGCAGCACGAGACCGCAUGAAAGAGUAUGGGUUUGACAAGCGUGUUAUCAAUGCGAGUAUCAAGCACGUUCUAGAGGUGUAUGGUGAGGACCAAUGGUUUCUGAUAGAGGAUGGCAACUAUGCUGCCCUCCUUUCUAUUUGCCUUGAAAAGCAAGAGGAACAAUCCAAACAAUUGGUGGCGAUGAAACAAGAAGAAAUGGGUCUGGUAAAACAAGAAGACGAAGAAGAAGAGGAGGAGGCUGAUGCAUUAUCGAUCACUAACGAAGCAGUCAUGAACUCAUCACCUCCAGCUUUUCAAUUCGUAGAAGCUUCAGUAUAUAAUGCACGCCAUUCUGUUGGAGGUGCUCAGAGUUCUCACUGUGGGUGGCUAAGCAGUGAGGAGGAGACAGAUCAAGAUAAGGAUGAGGGUAGUGAUGGUGAUGAUGAUGAGAUGAUUCAGCUAACUCCGGAACCUCUCUGUGAAGAACUUGAAGAGCUUCUCAGGGAAGUAUAUGGACAGAAGAAGAUGAAGCACAACUAAGGAGUCAUAAGCUCAUGUAACGACAGUUAAUAUCUAUCAAACUUAAGUUAAGAGACUGAGAAGUGUAGCUAGUAUUAGAGUAAAAAGGUUAAAGACCCCCUCUCACAAAUAUUUUUAGGUCUUUAAAUAUUGGUUUAAUUUAGUUUUUAAGAAGAUUUGUCAUGAGGUUUAAAAGUUCUUUGAUUAUAACUUGUGUCGCACUUGUUUAAAUUAGUUUUUCA